AUGCGUAUACGUGGGAAAUUUUAUGCGCGUAAGCGUAUACGCUACGCGCGGAGCACUACUAAAGGCAAAGGGCGGCAAGUCUCGUGCCAUCAAGAGAUCGGCCAUGUGCAAGAUAGUUCAGUUGUAUAUUCUCCAGCAAGGUCCUCUGUACACUGCGAUGUGGGAGCAGCAACAGUCAACACGAACACGAACACCACCGAGACGUCAAUAAGGGGAAGGCGAAAGAAGUUCGCUAGGACAGAGAAGGUCUUAAGAUUGACUAUCUCUACUUUACUCUUUGGCAUCAAGGGUGCAGCUGCUGCUGGAGAUGCUUUCCCACCUGUAAAAUCAGCUGCUGCAGGUCUUCUCUUUAGAAUAAAUUCUGUAAAGAAGUUCAAAGAUGAUAAGGCCGACAUUGAGCAACUAUCACACUUGGUGGAAGAGUUUGGCAGCAUAUUAGAGGAUACUUUGUUGAAGGCAAGCUUCCCAAGAGAGUUCGAGGCAGCGGCUAUCCAUUUCAAUCGGUAA